AUGGCGGACAAUACAAUGUAUCACGCCCUGGGCCAGGGAGUCGCACCCGGUGAAGACCCUUCGAACCAAAACAUAAUGGGUCAGCCUGCUCCUCAUACCUAUCCUCCUCCCCAAUCGGGAUCAGUCUACGGAACAACGCCAAAUCAAUGGCCUGGUUAUGGCCCUGCACAACAAGCAGAUUUCGCCCCCGGACCGGCCGCCGCUUAUCACGCAGGACCGCAGGGGGGACUGGGAGUUCCAGGUGGUAAUACCAUGGCGGGAUUGACGUCGCAGAUGGGAGGUUUGGGGUUAACAGCAGAUGGAAGUGCUGCUCGCACGCACAGGAAAAAACAGCAUCGACAUGCGUACCAUGAUAUUGGAACCGCCCCUUCUCCGCCCCUGCAACCAUCGGGUGAAGGUAUCAAUACAGGCGGUUUGCAGCCCCCAUCACAAUCCCUGAAUCCAGCAUCACAUCCUGGUUCGCGUGCAGUAAGCCCCUCUCCGGGCAUGAUCCCUCAACCGGGUGUGCCUGGAACAGGAGUCGGAGGCUCUCAUCAAGGAAGAGUUGAUCCGGAACAGAUUCCCAGCAUCCCAAGGUCUCGCGAUGCGCCGGCAGCGUAUUACUUUAGCCAUGUCUACCCGACGAUGGAACGUCACUUGCCGCCUCCGGCUGGGAUCCCCUUCGUGGCCUAUGACCAAGGCAAUUCGUCUCCCAAGUUCGCACGUCUCACUCUUAACAAUAUUCCGUCCACCGCCGAAUUCCUAUCCUCGACCGCCUUGCCCUUGGGGAUGAUCCUCCAACCCUUUGCACGUCUCGAUCCCGGUGAACAACCGGUACCCGUGCUCGAUUUUGGCGACGCAGGUCCUCCGAGAUGCCGCAGAUGCAGGACAUACAUAAAUCCUUUCAUGACGUUCAAAUCGGGGGGCAACAAGUUCAUCUGCAAUAUGUGCACGUUCCCCAACGAUGUACCUCCAGAGUACUUUGCGCCUCUUGAACCCUCGGGGACGCGGGUUGACCGAUUACAGCGGCCGGAGUUGAUGAUGGGAACCGUUGAAUUUCUAGUCCCUAAGGAAUACUGGAACAAAGAGCCUGUCGGUCUGCAAUGGCUGUUCUUGAUAGAUGUCAGCCAGGAAGCCGUGAAAAAGCGAUUCCUCCAGGGAGUAUGCAAGGGGAUUCUGAAAGCUCUGUACGGCAGCGAAGAUGAAACCGCGGAAACUGCAGAGGGAGAAGCACCGGCACGAAAAUUGCCGGAAGGGUCCAAAGUUGGCAUCGUGACCUUUGACAAGGAAGUGCACUUUUACAAUCUCAGCGCGCAACUCGACCAGGCACAGAUGAUGGUGAUGACCGAUUUGGAAGAGCCAUUUGUUCCUUUGAGUGAAGGUCUUUUCGUGGAUCCUUAUCAAUCGAAGUCCGUAAUCUCUUCCCUGCUAAGUGAUAUUCCCAAAAUGUUCUCUCAUAUCAAGAACCCCGAGCCAGCCCUGCUCCCUGCGCUUGACGCAGCAUUAUCGGCUCUGCAGGCGACUGGUGGCAAGGUGGUUUGUACUCUGGCAAGCCUGCCAACAUGGGGCCCUGGGAAAUUGUUCAUGAGGGAAGAUCCAAAGAUCCAUGGGACAGAUGCCGAGAGGAAGCUGUUCACAACCGAACAUCCAGUAUGGAAAAAGACAGCAAGCAAGUUCGCAGAUGCUGGUAUUGGUGUCGACAUGUUCUUGGCCGCACCUGGAGGUGCCUACAUAGACGUCGCAACCAUUGGUCACCUCUCUGAGGUCACCGGCGGGGAGACUUUCUUCUAUCCCAAUUUCCACUCACCACGUGAUCUCUUGAAGCUCUCGCAGGAGUUGGCGCACACAGUUAACAGGGAGACUGGCUACCAAGCAUUGAUGAAAGUCCGAUGCUCGAACGGUCUUCAAGUAGCUUCGUAUCAUGGAAACUUCCUGCAUCAUACGUUUGGUGCCGAUCUUGAGAUCGGCAGUAUUGAUGCGGACAAAGCGCUUGGGGUUCUUUUCAGUUACGACGGGAAGCUGGAUCCCAGACUCGACGCCCACUUCCAGGCCGCUUUGCUGUACACAUCGGCCGACGGUCAACGGCGGGUGAGAUGUAUCAACGUCGUGGCAGCGGUGAAUGAGGGCGGUAUGGAAACGAUGAAGUUCGUGGAUCAAGAUGCUGUCGUUGCCAUUAUUGCAAAGGAGGCUGCUUCCAAGACGUUGGAUAAAUCACUCAAGGACAUCCGUGCCAGCAUCACAGAGAAGACGGUUGACAUCUUCAGCGGAUACCGCAGGAUCUUUUCCGGGUCACACCCUCCUGGGCAGCUUGUGUUGCCAGAAAACCUGAAGGAGUUUUCCAUGUUCAUGCUGAGCUUGAUCAAGUCGAGAGCGUUCAAGGGUGGCCACGAAACAUCAGACCGGCGGAUUCAUGAUAUGCGCAUGCUCAAGUCCAUGGGGUGUACGGAACUGUCGAUGUAUCUCUACCCUCGAAUCAUCUCGAUUCACAACAUGCAGCCGGAGGACGCAUUCCCGAACGAACAAGGCCAACUGCAGGUCCCACCGUCGCUCCGAGCGAGCUUCUCACGCGUGGAGGAGGGCGGUGCUUACCUCGUUGACAACGGACAAAGCUGUCUCCUCUGGCUGCACUCGCACGUGUCGCCCAACCUCCUGGAGGAUCUGUUCGGACCGGGACACACAUCGCUGCAGGAACUUAACCCCAGCAUAUCGUCGCUGCCGGUGCUGGAGACGCAACUUAACGCGCAGGUGCGCAAUCUCUUGCAAUACUUGUCUACGAUCCACGGAUCCAAGGCAACCACGAUCCAACUGGCGCGGCAGGGGAUGGAUGGAGCGGAAUAUGAAUUUGCUCGGUUGCUGUUCGAAGACCGGAACAACGAGGCGCAGAGCUAUGUGGACUGGCUGGUGCAUAUUCACCGGCAAAUCAACCUGGAAUUGGCAGGGCACCGGAAGCGGGAGGACGCAGGGGGGGAGAGCACACUGGCGUCACUGACGGGGAUGAGGACGCAUUAUUGGUGA